GUGUGUGCGUGUAACGUGAAGCGCCAUAUUUAGGGCCCCCAGUUUUAACGCUGUAAAACUUAGUUCACCCGCUUCCUAGUUUCGAGCUGCAGGUUUAUUCGUUUUCUUGUUAUUGUCGUGCUGGUUGAGUGUUCUACCACCACCAAGCUUACGCAUGCUAUUUUGAGCUCCCUCCAAAAAUAUAUUUACCAGCUUGACAAAAGCCAUAAAUAGCUGAUCGUUACACAACUGUCGAUCUCUGGAUCUAAUAGUUUUUUCUGCAAUUGUCGAGCGAUUAAUAGACAAUUCCCAUAAAUGACUUGCGUGGCCAAAUUUUAUGAUGACGUUAUUGAAGAUGUUAUUAGUGGUGUUAAAGAUGAAUUUGUGGAAGAUGGCGGUGACGUCCAGAUACUUGAAGAACUUAAAAAGCUUUGGAAGUCCAAACUUGCUGAGUCUAAUGUUUUCUACCCAGAACCCAUUGCAGGCAGUGCCGCUCAGUAUUUAAACCUUUUACAGCGUUCACAAGUACAGAUUCAUCCAAACGUCGUCGGUUCUGGGACCACUUCUGCAGGUUUACCAGUGAAACAGUUGGGCACAGUCAUUCGAACUGGAUCAGAGCAGUCAACAGGAGUGGCACUUCCUGGUUCUCUUGCAAGUUUGAGGUUACCUGUAGCACGUGCUUCAUCUGUCGCACUGCCCACUCAAAUGCGACCUCGUGAGCCUGUUCAAGCUACACCAUGUCUCACAUCAGUUAUACUACCAGCCCAAUCUCAGGCACAAAAGCAACCCCAAACAACUAAUAUUCUUCCCACCGUACUUAAUGCCAAUUCUGGUGGCGUCCAAUCUAGACCCAAUACAAAUACGGGUGUUCAACAAGGUGCAACACCUCAACUUGCCACAUUACCUUCAGGUCUUACAGGACAUCUCGUUCAGAUCGGUCAGCAGACAUAUCUUGUCCCCCAACCAAUGGCAGCAGUUCGUCAACCAGGUGUUCAUUUGGCUGUUCCUCAGUACGUUGGUAAUCCAAAUAUGUUAGCAAACAACCCCAGUGUUUCUGAUGCAAAAGCUUUCACUAUUUCAGAUCUUGGGCAGUUCAAACAGACGCAGGUUGAUGGUGGUCAUGACAGUGAUGAUGAAAAGUUUUGUGAUACACCUGUAUCACAGUCAAUGAGUGUUCCAGGAGGUCGAAAAAAUCAAGGCACUGGGCGACAUAACUAUGAUGAUAGUGUCUCAUCUCACGCACACCAUGGUUCAGAUCUUGAGGAUGAUGAUGACGAUGACGAUGAUUUAGUUCCUGCUACUCCUGGUUUCACCCCUCACUCAUCUGUUUUAUCUCACUACAAUACUGGUCGUUAUGGGAUGGAUACUCCCAGGGAUAUGGGUGGAGGUACACCACUUGUCAGUGCUCCACCCACUCCCAUGUCUCCCCCGUCUGUAUCAGGUCCUUUGCGUCCGUCAAAUGUUGGAAAACGGUCUUUGGCUUCAGGUUUACCUACCACUGGGCAGACACUAGCAUCAAAACGUCAACGUCUCUCACCAAGUCAUGGUAAGAACGUGGAUACUGAUAACUACGAAGCUUGCGAUGAUGUCGAAGAUGCAGAAAUAAUGACUAGAACAACAGCAACAUCAGCCGACCCCAACAUUAGUGAACUAGGAAUCGAAAACUAUGAAAGUACACCUGAUCCAAAAGAAAAGGGUAAUCAAGUGAGGCAAAAGCCUAGACAGCGCCCGUCAACAGAUAGAAAUACAAUUAGUCCUAAGAACAGUCGCUCUGCAAAACAAUUUUCUUCACCUACCGAGUCGGAGCUUGGCGUACAUGAUCAAACGGAAUUUCUUGAAACAGACCUGCUAAAAGCUGAAGAAGAAGAGGGUGAAGAGGAUGAAGAUGAGGAGGAACCUUUGAACUCCGAAGAUGAUGUGAGCGAUGAAGAGCCCGAAGUUCUUUUCGAAUCGGACAACGUGGUGGUUUGUCAAUAUGACAAGUAUCAUUACAUGAAGUCACUGACUGCAAAUUUUAGCAGUUGUAAGCUGGAGCCUUUGUGUAUUUUGUUGGUAAGUCAGCGAUGCAUACUUUCUAGUCAUCAGGCCACGGAUUCGAGUUGCACCUCAUUUCCUCAGCUUCAGGCAUUGAAGUAGCAGCAGUAGGCCUUAUUCUAUAAUUAUGCCUGUUAUGUAUUUAUAGUAUCUUAUUUUCAUGGUCUCCUUUCUCUUCUGUCUGUAAUAUUUCGAACCAACCUUUCAUUGUUUGCAGUUCUACGUUUUUCUACCCUUUCUCAUUAAUAAUUAACUUUUCAGAAUAAUUUACAAAUUUGCUUGCUUCCUAACUAUUUUUUGAUAACUUAUUUAUUAGAGAAAUCUCUUAAAAGAUCAAUUUCAUGUAAUCUGUGAGUACUGAUUGAUUUUUCACUAAGACCUAUUGAAAAUUGUUAUAGAAAUUGGUUUGACUCAGUUAUGAUGUACUUUUAGUGUGCCGUUAUUCAAAGUACUUUUCAAUUUCUGAAGAAUAGACUUUUUCUACCUUGCAAUCAAUAGAUUCAUCGAGCACGAAACAAGUGGCGUUUUCAUCUCAAAGAUGGGAUAAUGUCCAUAAAUGGUCGGGAUCAUGUUUUUCAGAAGGCUGUCGGUGAGGCUGAAUGGUAAUAUGAAUGGAAAAAAAAGUUUUUAAUCACUUGUUCUUUGUUGAGGCAUAACAUAACAGUGUUUAGUUUCUUCCUCUGAGUCAUUCUGUUUAAUCAUUCUUGCGUAUGCAUAAAAAUAUCAACUUUUUGUUGUGGCUGUGAUUACACUUCACAGUUAUUUGUUUCCUGUUAACCCGAAUGCUUUGUAAAAAGGCAGAUGACUUAUGCAAUCUAUUCCACCUCUCCAUCAAAUUUAAUGGUAUAUUUUCCUUAUGCAACUACUUGUGAUGAAGUGAGAAAGAAGGCGAAGCGUACAUUGACUAACAUUCACUGUACUGGAUACGCUUCAGAUUACAUCAUAGAACUUACCACUACUUGUAUUUACUGUCAGCAGCACAGUAAUUUAUUGUGGUUUGAAAAUCUUUCGCUAUCAUCUCUUCCGUGUGCAUCGACUCAUCAUCUUCCACCAACUCAACCAAAUUGAAAAAGUAUUUAAGCACUAACUAUGAACAAAUUCUCAACUUUUGUGCAUAACACACUUCUUACUUGAAUACAUUCUGUCUUGUUGUGAUUUCAUUCUCUUUUUUGUAUUUUUUUAAAACAAAAUAUUUUCCGACUUUUUGGUGAUGAUGAUGAUAAUGGCAUUGAAGGCAGUGUCAUUCUUACCGUAGUAUAUAUGUCGAUGCUAUUUGUUAGUAGGGUUGUUUGCAUAAACAUAGUGUUCUGCCCAAAGCGUUGCACCAAAACUCCAUUGAAUGAAAAUAAAUUAUGAUUUUUCAUGUUUUUUUUG